CAGACAGAAUCGAAACCCUCGCGGAUUAUAUGCGAACCCAGUAAGAAGAGGAAAACGAAGAAGAAGAAAUCAAAGGAAAUAUAGGAAAAAAAAAGGUUAAUAUUGCCUCUAAGCUUUCUAUUUUCGUCUAGAUUGUGAUAUUUUCUUCACGGAAAAGAAAUGGCGGAAGAGAAAGGAGAAGCACCAGUUGCAUCACCUGCCGCAGCAGCAGCAGCAGCUGAAAUCCCACCACCGCCACCACCAUUGCCUCCCUACGAUGACGUAAAUGCCAAGUGGGAUGUGUGUAUGGACUUGAGCAUUCGUCGGAUUUUCUAUUCUACCGCUGUUGGCGCUUUUGCUGGGCUUUUCCUAUUUCGGAGUCCUGUUACAAGAUGGACUUCUGUAGGAUUGGCUACUGGCAUUGGUAUCGGAACUGCUUUCACAGAGUGCUCUUACAUAUUUGGGCGAUCUCCAGCAAAAUUGACCCCUAAAAUUUCUAAGGCACCUUUGUCAAAGGAUGCGGAGCACUGAAGCAGAGCCUGAGAUCUUUGGCUUCCAAAAUUUCCAAAUUAGUAAGCAUUUUCCUAAUUGGACUUCAUUUUGCCUUGAGCGGCUUUGCCUCUUGCGAGAUUGUUUUACGUGGUUGAUUUUUCAGCAUGAUGUAUGGACAAUUUUCUUCUGAACUCCAAUGCACACUGUUCUGUAACUUGAAUACCAGGCUAAUAGGGAAGAAAAGGGAUAAGCUAAUAAUUACUUUUGUCUUGGCAUGCUAUGUAUUGAGGCUAUUUACUUCUAUUCAAUGGGCUUUAUAAGGUACCAAA